AUGCCGGUGUGCAGCCAUGCUCCACCGUCCGCAGACGCGUUGCUGUUCCCGCCACCGUUGGAGGGGCCACAGAGCAGUGACAAGGGAGCUCCUAAAGCACACAAGAUACGCAGGAAGAACAGUGCGAGUAGCGCGGAGAACCUCACGCUGGCCACGUUGAUUGAGGAGCUGAACAGCAGCGCGCAGAAGCAGCAGCUGCAGACGGCAUCCAAGAUCGCCAAGAAGCUGGCGCCCGUACUAGCUGCUGGAGGCGUCGUGGGGGCCAUCGCCAUGGGGCCUGCGGCUGGAGUGCUGGCGGGACUGAACAUGCUGGUGGCCAGUGUGGGCGCGGAGACGGUCAUGGCGGGUAUUGGACUCACGGCGAGUGCAGCAGCGGCUGCCACUGUGACGCAUCAGAGCAAGGUGAGGGCGGACCAGCGGAAGAAGGAGAGGCUGCGGAAGGGCGAGUGGGCGAUGGAGAUAUGCUGGAACUGCAAGAAGAACUUCGACGGUGCUCCCUCGGACGAGGUCUGGAAAAAGGACGCGGAGUUCCUGCAUGACGAUGGUAGCACCGAGACGUCUUUGGCGAGUGAAGAAGCCCCAACAACGCAGGAAACCAGGCCGGAUGAUACCGAAGUGUACCGCUUCUUGUUCGGCAUCUUUUCUUCGCCCAGUGAGCUACUCGGGCAGAUGAACGUGCAGCUAUGCGAGGCUUUCCGUAAGCGCUUCACGGAGAGGCAUCAGAAGCAGCAGAUGCGACGAUCGAGCUUCACAGAGACAGCUGCGGCUCGCGCGCUGGCCAAGGAUACGCUUCAAGAUACCAAGAUGUACAUCGCGCAUGUUCUGGGUGCGACCUUGCAGUGCCUUCCAAGUCUGGCGAGUACUCCUGAAGCGGUCAGCAGCUGUACCCUAGCAGUGGAGCGGAUUGUUUACGACGACAUCCACGCGAUGGUGUUUGGCGAAUUCCAGCGCGCGUUCAAGGAUGCGGACACGGCCUUCGCUGAUAACCUGGCGGACAUUCGGCGGGAGCAGAAGUAUCACUCGACUGCGCUGUUGCAGCUGCCGCACGCUCCACAAGAAGGAGCUAACGGCAAGCGUUCUCGGCAUCCUGUACUCGCUGAAGACCUACAGAAGGCCGAAGGGAAACUAGUCACCAUGAUGCAGGAGACGUCGUCCCCGCUGCUGAAGUUGGUGCUGCUUUGUGACGGUUUCCGAAGCAUCUGCUGCUUCGCGGAGAAGCUGCACCGAUCGGCCUCGAAUGCCGAUAUGCUGAUACCGAUUCUGUGCGCGUUCCUGGUCGAGUGUCCGCGGCUGUGUCAGGCUGGCUCGGACUUCGUGGCCGAGAUCGCGUUCAUCUCCUUCUUCACGAACGGAGGCGGCAAAGGCGUCGAGGGCUACGUGCUGACCACGUUCCAGGCUGCUGUACAGGUUAUCGCUGCUGUGGAUUUGCCGAGCGGCCACGCGAAGGAGCUGGAACUGUUCAUUAACGACGACGAAAGCGAAGCCGCUGACGAGACCGAAGACGACGAGGAGGACGAGUUCUUUGAUGCCGUGUCCACGACAACCCCAGCGUCUCAGUCGCAGAUCUGACCCUGAGGCCAGGCUUGAUUCGAAAGCCAAUCAGCCCAUAUAACAGUACGUUAGACCGUAUGUAGAUAUGUUUUAGAGUGUAGAGGAAUGCCACGCUGCUACUACCAUUGAGACUGG